GCAACCAAGCUCGGAUUGAAGAUACUCGCAGGCACACAUCACUUGUGGCAUUCACCACGUUCCGAAAGUACUUUGCAGUAUUGAGCAAAAGUUUUCCAUUAUGACAGCCGCGGAUAUAUCUCGGAUUGCUAUAACCGUGGGGACGGUGCAGCUCUUUUGCGAUUUGCUCGCGUAUUGGCGAAUCUAUAGCAAAGAUCCGUAUGAGCGCGCUGUCGAUGCCCUGUCUCGAGCCAAGUGGAAGCGUGACAAAGCAUCCGAGGAGUCGGUGCAGCUAGAAAAAGAAGGCUCGGGAGGUGCAGCUGCGUCGAGCAACAAGAAAGCGAGUAAAUCGGAUCGACAAGCCAAGAAAUUGCAGCGAGCGGAGGACGACUAUGGCAAUGCUAAGGCGAAUGUCGCCCGAAGACACACCCUACCCGGUUUUUUUACUUCAUUCUUGUUUAUUGUCAUGCUGCGAAUUUUGGGCUUAGAAUAUAAGGGAAAUAUUGUUGGAGUGCUGCCGUUCGCUCCAUUCUCGGUUCUGAGCCGAGUGACUUCGCGCAGCUUGGCGUUUACCACAUCGCAAUUCGAAUCAGAUGACGAGAAAGUGACGGAUGUGAGCCAGGCAUGUGCAUUCAUGUUCAUCUACUUUCUGUGCACCAUGAGUGUAAAAUACUACAUUUCGCAUUUCUUUGGCACUCAGCCGCCCCACGGUGCUGAGGGCUUAAUGGCGAUUGCCCAAAGUCCCAUGGGUCAAAAGAUAUUGCGAUCGGCUGGCAUUGAUCCGGAUGAACUAAAGAUGGAUUGAGCGCAAAUAAUGGCAUACGAGCAGAGAAGUCUCUUUAGCGAGAUUAAUGUUCUAAAUCAAUUUACCAUUUC